UGAUCGAACUUGUGCAACCGAAAUUGCUGUGGUGCGGCUGUAAUUUUGGUUUUUAUAAAUUAAAUAUAGAAAAAUGCAACUGACGCUGAUCAACUUCUUCAAGAAGACCGUGCCGGGUCACAUUUUCCGUGGAAAGCGGCGGCUGGUGAAGCCCGUGAGCAAAAAAGCCAUGGAUACACUGACCCGCGAGUACGAGCGCCAGGAACAGGUGAUGCUGCUGCUCCGUCACCCCUACCUGACACUGGAACAAUCGUCGGGUCAUGCUAAGGAACUGCAGAAACGCGACAAGCUGGUGGCCAAGUGGACGGCUGAGCAAACAAUACGCAAGAUGAAGCCGCAUGUGACCAUCGAGGAGCGUCUGAACCAGCUUAAAAUUAAGGAAGCCUGGGAUUAAGUGCUGUUCCACACAGACAUCCUUGUUAACCCGCAUUAAAUUUAAAAUAAAUAUAGAUUUUAUGGAAAUUA